AAUGGCCUUGGCGAUUUUUCCAAUGGUGCGUUACUAGUGCUGCAAAUGAGGGAUGAAGAUGCUUUAGCAGAUUUUCUUGCUCAUAAGCGCCGCCUAACGGAUAUUUUUUUCCCGGAAUCAAAAUCCGCUAUAUUAAGCCGUGAUUCAAAUUCUCAUGAUGAGUUUUGGAAAUUCUUGCUGAGACUGCAGAAAGUAGUUGCUAAAAGCUCAUCAGAUGGUUGGUAACCCUCGUAAAAUUUCACUGUUCCUCAGGUUUCAGUAACUGUCUUUCAGGUAAAAAGUCAAGGCUGAAUAUACGUACUCGUAAUUAUCGUUUAGAAGAUUACAUUAGACAUAAUGAUGCUGCAAGUAAGACUAUAAACUGUUAGGUCCUAUUCAAAGAACAUUCAUCCAGGUCUCUUACACGUGAGCAGCUCGAGUGCUUUCAUCUUAUAUAUGACAUGUACCUCGACUUUCUUCAGAAACGCAAGUUCGCUCGAAUUGUGAAACUUAGGGGAGAUCAGACUCUUCUACCAAUCGCUAAUUUUAGAAAUGAGAUAUUAUCUACACUAUCAAAUCAUCAGGUUAUUAUAGUUGCUGGCGAUACUGGUUGCGGAAAGUCAACUCAAGUACCACAGUAUCUAUAUUAUGGCGAAUCCGAUUCUAACGAUACACCUGGACCCAAUUCUUACCAACAUAUUGCAGUUACUCAACCUCGGCGUAUAGCAUGCAUCAGUUUGGCUGCACGAGUGAGCACUGAGAUGCUGAAUGAAAGAGGUUCUAAGGUUGGAUAUCAAGUUCGUUUUGAACGCAGUCGUACUAAGGCCACGCAAAUCCUAUUUCUCACUGAAGGCUUAUUAUUACGACAAAUGCAGCUGGAUCCAUUUCUAAAUGAUUAUGAUGCCUUAGUUCUCGACGAAGUACACGAGCGACAUUGGCAAACAGAUUGUCUACUAGGACUUGUUAAAUGCUUGAUUAUGGCACGUCCUAAACUUCGUGUUGUCCUUAUGUCUGCUACAAUAAAUGUGAAUACAUUUUCUAAAUUUUUCAAUGAUUGCCCAAUUAUUCAGGUACCUGGACGUUUAUAUCCUAUAGAUUUGCACUAUAUUCCACUAUCUCCAGUUGAAAUGGCUGAUACUAGCGAUCGAAUUGAUCCAGCGCCAUAUAUUCGUUUGUUAAGGCGAAUAGAUUUCACCUAUCCAGCUACUGAACGUGGUGACCUCCUGAUAUUUUUAUCUGGUAUGGCUGAUAUUCAAGCAAUUAUGGAACCAGCUAAAACUUAUGCUGAAGAAACUAAACGAUGGAUUAUUCUGCCGUUGCAUAGUGCACUGUCUGCAUCAGAUCAAGAAAAAGUAUUUCAUAUUGCUCCAGAUGGUGUACGCAAGUGUAUUCUAUCAACAAAUAUUGCUGAGACUUCUCUAACCAUUGAUGGUAUUAGAUUUGUAGCAGAUUCAGGCAAAGUGAAAGAGUUAAGCUGGGAUGCUAAAGCAAGAAUGCGUUGUUUAAAAGAAUUUUCAAUAUCUAAAGCAAGUGCUAAUCAACGCAAAGGUCGUGCUGGUCGUACAGGUCCUGGUGUUUGUUAUCGUUUCUAUACACAAGAGGAUUAUAAUGCUUUCGAGGCUUUUAGUACACCUGAAAUUCGUCGUGUUCCUUUAGAAACACUUGUACUACAAAUGAUGGUAAUGGGUUUACCAGAUGUGAAAAUAUUCCCCUUUAUAGAUCCUCCUGAAAUGAAAUGUAUUGAUGAAGCAUACGAAAUUUUAAAAUCACAUGGAGCUCUUGUUCCACAAAAUUCUACAAGUUCUUCACUGACAGUGACUCCACUUGGUCAGUUAUUAUCAGAGAUCCCGGUAGAAUUUUCACUGGGUCGAAUGUUAAUACUAGCCUCGCUAUUAAGACUUGUUCAACCUGUGUUAAGCUUAGCUGCUGGUAUGGCUAUCCAGUGUCCAUUGCUACCGCAUACAGCAUUCAGCGGAGCAGAACAAACCCGUCGAGUGGAUUCAUUAGCUCAAUAUGAAAGUAAUCAUGGUGAUGCAUUUACUUUGGUCAAUGUUUUUGAUGAAUGGAUCAAGAUGAAAUCAGAGGCGACUGGCAUUUUCAGUUACGAGGAUGAAUCCAACGAAACUGGUGAUCAGAAAAGAUCGACAAAUAUUAAACGAUGGUGUCGUCGUAUUGGUGCUCAAGAACAACGUCUUCAUGAAAUGGUUCGACUACGUAAUCAAUUUGCUCAACUUUUAAGAGAUAGUGGUCUUCUUGACACAAAAUCGAAAGAAGCUGAUACAAGUUCAUCGUCAAGAAGUUAUCAUUUUAAAAAUUUAAAUUAUGCAAGACGUACUGAAAGAAUGCGAACAAAACGUCGUCGACUGCUCACUUUACAAGAUAAUUUUACUGAUGACUCUGAAUCUGAAAAUGAAAGUCAGAAUACAGAAAAUGAUGCAGCUAAAUUACGUAAAUGGUUAAAUGCUUCAACUCGUUCAUCGGUUAAUAUUAAUUCUCUAAAUAUUCCAGUACAAGAUUUAGAAUUAGUUCUAUGCUAUAAUUUAACUGACUUGGCUCAAUCAGCAAAUAUUCAAGAGAGUAUGACACAAGCUGAUGUCCAGUUGUUAAAAGUUGUACUAGCUGGUGGUAUGUAUCCUCAUUUGGCUAUUGGAGAUGAUGCUAAUUCCUAUCGGGUAGCAAAUCGUGGAGGUACAGCUGGAGCUGGAGCUGAAAUGGUUUUUCAUACUAAGAAUAAAGGUUUUGUAAUGCUUCAUCCAAAUGAUGUCUUUGUCAGGCAACCAGAUGUUCUAUUCCCCGAACGUACAUCCAAACGAUGGAAUAAUAACAAGAAAGUGUCAAACACAAAGCCUGCACAAGUAUCAAGACAAGAAGAUUUAGAAGAAGGCGAUGAUCUUGAUGACGGUGAAGAAGAAAAUACUCCUGAAACUUUACCAUCUGGUUUCGCGUAUGAUCACCAGUUACUUGUAUAUUUAGAUCUAAUGGAAACUACCAAGCCUUUCCUAGUCAAUACUAUUCGCGUUCCAGCAUUACCAACAUUAUUAUUGUAUUGUCGAGAAGUUGAUACAAAUGCAAACAUUUCAAGGAUUGUUUUCGAUUCUUGGUUGGAAGUAAGACUACAUGAUGUAGAAGCUGCUCAGAGAGCAGUGGCAACUACUAUUUGGUUACGCUCAACAAUGCAGUAUUUGAUGGAAUGUGAACUAGCAGAAUGUUUACGCCGUCGUAAUGAAACACUUGCAGAAGACAGUGGUGCUGGAGAUAACAAUACAAUUGUUACAUCAACAACAACCACAACUACAGCGAGAAGAGCAUCAAUGAAAAUGAAUUCUGCUUUCAAAGAGGAUGAAAAUAGACUCAAGAUUCGACGAUUACAACGUAUGCUAUCACAUAGUCUAGCAGCAUUUCUAGCUGGUCAACCUGGUGGAGCAUACUGUAUAAAACGGUUGUUAGCAGCUGAUGUGAAACAAUUAUACCGAAAACAACCCAAUAAUAAUGGAACCCAACGAAAUCCCAUUAAGAAGCCAGUAAUCCCAAACAAUAUUCCAUUACCGAAUCCAGAUCCAGAAUCAGGCAUUAAAUUUCAUCCUCUUAAAGGUGGUUAUCAAGUAACAGACUAUUUGAAUGUUGAUUCAUUGUAUCCUGAAUUAAUCUCAGACGGGCAUGAGACUAAAACAGAAGAUUUAGAUGAAACAUUUUAUGAUCCUGGUAGUAGUUAUGAUCUUGCUUUACGACUUCGUAAACAAAUUAUCUCUAAAACACUUGUGGCGUCAUCAUCUGGAAAUGAACCUGUCGAGCAGAAAACAUCUUCAUAUGAACAAACCAGUAAUGAAGUAGAAGAUAUUGAUUUCAACUGUGAAUCUGUAACUUGUGAACUUUGUGGACAAUCGUUUGUUAUUGAAGGAACUGUACAAACUUCUAUGCUAAGACAUCGACGUGACUGUAAAUCACUCAAUGAAAGAGUACCUGUACAUGAAUAAACUAUUCUGAUAAUAAAUUCCUAUGUAAUUUUGUAUAUUCU